UGACUAUAUGUGUGUGUGUAUGUGGAUGUGUGUGUGUGUGGAUGGUGGGGGAAUAUAUGCUCACAAUUAUUAUUGGAUCACGUGACAGGAGCACGUAUGCUAAUAACAGUCGUAACGUCACAUUAAUCCAGUGACCUGGUUAAGCCCCCAACUGAAGGAAGUGAGUGUAGGAGGCAGGAGGGAGGGGGAGCUGCCUGCCGGAGCCAGAGAAGAGAGAGCAGAGACAAAGCGUGCUCCCUCUCCCCCUCACACACUCUCACACACUCAUUCACCUCCUGAGCGGCAGAGUGGAGCGUAGCUGAGCGGAGCAGAAUGGGAAAUGUUUUAACACAGAGGGAAAUAGAAGCAGAGAGAGGCACAUAGGACCUGUGUGGGGCUGCUAUACCCACACACACUCACAUCACACACUUCUUUCCUCAUAUUCACCCACGCGCCAAGCUCGCGUGAACCCCGGCUGCCAGGCUGGACGGGACGGCGAGGACACCCACCUCACACACUCGCACCCAUGCUCGCACACCCACGGAGACACACACUGUGGAGCGUACUAUGGUGGUCCAGGGAGCAGUGACGCCCGGGAGAACCCGCCGGCUGAUGCUUAAGCUGCCGGUGGGGACUCUGAGGAGGAACAGUGGAGAGAGGAUGACAGAGGGGAGGCGAUGUCAGGUCCAUCUCCUGGACGACAGGAAGCUGGAGCUCCUUGUACAGCCCAAGCUGAUGGCUAAGGACUUGCUGGACCUCGUGGCCUCUCACUUCAACCUCAAGGAGAAGGAGUACUUUGGAAUUGCAUAUACAGACGAAACGGGCCAUUUUAGCUGGCUGCAGUUGGAUCGCAGGGUAUUAGAACACGAGUUCCCCAAGAAGUCUGGUCCCAUUGUCCUCUACUUUUGUGUCAGGUUCUACAUAGAGAGUAUAUCCUACCUGAAGGAUAAUGCCACUAUUGAGCUGUUUUUCCUUAAUGCCAAGUCCAUCAUCUACAAGGAGCUUAUUGAAGUGGACAGCGAUGUUGUCUUCGAAUUGGCUUCCUAUAUUCUACAAGAGGCUAAAGGUGAUUUCACCAGUAAUGAUGCAACCAGGUCUGACUUAAAAAAGCUGCCUGCUCUGCCCACCCAGGCCCUAAAGGAGCACCCAUCUUUGGCCUACUGUGAAGACCGGGUCGUAGAGCAUUACAAGAAGCUCAACGGGCAGUCCAGAGGGCAAGCUAUUGUAAAUUAUAUGAGCAUUGUAGAGUCUCUGCCCACAUAUGGAGUACAUUACUAUGCUGUAAAGGACAAGCAGGGGAUCCCAUGGUGGUUGGGUCUGAGCUAUAAAGGCAUCUUUCAGUACGAUCACCAGGACAAAGUCAAACCCAGGAAGGUGUUCCAAUGGCGUCAGUUGGAGAACCUCUACUUCAGAGAGAAGAAGUUUUCAGUGGAAGUUCAUGACCCGAGGAGUAGGGCGUCGGUGACGAGAAGGACGUUUGGUCACAGUGGCAUCGCUGUGCAUACGUGGUACGCCUGUCCUGCCCUCAUCAAGUCCAUCUGGGCCAUGGCCAUCAGCCAACACCAGUUCUACCUGGACCGCAAGCAGAGCAAGUCUAAGAUCCAUGCAGCGAGGAGUUUGAGUGAGAUCGCUAUAGACCUGACGGAAACAGGAACUCUGAAGACCUCCAAACUGGCCAACAUGGGAAGCAAGGGCAAAAUUAUAAGUGGCAGCAGCGGCAGUCUGCUAUCAUCAGGCUCUCAGGAAUCGGACAGCUCCCAGACAGCUAAGAAGGACAUGCUGGCAGCACUGAGGGCCAGGCAAGACGCUUUGGAGGAAACGCUAAGACAGAGGCUAGAGGAACUCAAGAGCAUCUGCAUCAGAGAGGCGGAGCUGACAGGAAAGCUUCCGAAGGAAUAUCCUCUGGAUCCGGGAGAGGAGCCGCCAACAGUACGACGGAAGAUUGGUACUGCCUUCAAACUGGACGAGCAGAAAAUCCUUCCCAAGGGAGAGGAAGAGGAACUGGAGCGUUUGGAGCGGGAGUUUGCCAUUCAGUCCCAGAUUACAGAGGCAGCCAGGCGUCUUGCCAGCGAUCCUCACGUGAGCAGCAAGAAGCUGAAGAAACAGAGGAAGACUUCUUAUCUGAACGCACUGAAGAAGCUACAGGAAAUUGAGAACUCUAUCAAUGAGUACCGGGUCCGCUCUGGCAAGAAGCCUACGCAGAGGGCGUCGCUUAUCAUAGAGGAGGCCAAUAUUGGUUCUGAAGACAGUUCAUUAUCUGACGCACUGGUCUUAGAUGAUGAUGAUCCUCAAGUCACAGGUACACCCACCUUCUCCCCAGUAGCAUCGCCUCACAAGGGCCUCCCUCCUCGGCCGCCAUCUCACAGUCGGCCCCCUCCACCGCAGUCCCUGGAUGGCCUGCGACACCUGCACUACUCGCGCUCUGACUACGAUAAAUCACCCAUCAAACCCAAGAUGUGGAGUGAAUCGUCACUGGAUGAGCCCUAUGAAAAAGUCAAGAAACGCUCCUCUCAUUCUAGUCACAGGCGUUUCCCAAGCUCUGGCAGUGCAGAAGCAGGGGGUAGUAACUCACUGCAGAGCAGCCCCAUCAGGAGCCUCCCCCACUGGAAUUCUCAGUCCAGCAUGCCAUCGACCCCGGACCUGAAGACCAGGACCCCACACUACAUACAUUCCACUAGGUCAGUGGACAUCAGUCCGACACGUCUGCACAGUCUCGCUCAGCACUUUAGGAACCGCAGCUCAAGCCUUGAGUCCCAGGGCAAACUGUUGGCACCCGACCCCGAUGCACACCCGCACACUCUGGGCACACUUGGCAGCCCUGACUUCUUCCUGGCCCCAGGACGCAGCUCCAAUGGCUCCGAUCCACUGGACGACUGUUCAUCCUGCACCAGCCAAAGCAGCUCGGAGCAUUACUACCCCUCUGGUGGACCUCCUGGCAGCAAUCCCAACUACUCCACUCUGGGAGAGGACUCACCCUCCAAAGCCAGGCAGAGGCAGAGGCAAAGGCAUAGGUCUGCAGGUCACCUGGGUUCCUCUAACUCCGGCUCCAUGCCAAACCUGGCAGCUAAGAACGGCUCUGGUGGAGGCUCAGGUGGAGGUGGGAUGGGAGGGGGACACCACGGAGUCUACCUCCACAGCCAGAGCCAGCCCUCCUCUCAGUACCGCAUCAAGGAGUACCCGCUAUAUGUGGAGGGCAGCCCCAACCCCGUGGUGGUGCGCAGCCUGGAGAGCGACCAAGAGGGCCACUACAGCGUCAAGGCCCAGUUCAAGACCUCCAGCUCCUACACGGCCGGGGGACUGUAUAAGGAGGCCUGGGGGGGAGAGGAGGGAGGAGAAGGGAGCGGCCGACUCACACCGUCACGCUCUCAGAUCGUACGGACUCCGUCAUUGGGGCGAGAGGGUGGUGGAAGUGGAGGGGGGAGGGCAGCAGUGUCUGAAGAGCUGCGGUGCUGGUACCAGAGGUCCUCAGGGAGCCUGAAGGAGAGGAGUCACUCACAUUCGGGGUCUACUUCCUCCGAGACAGGGUCACAGCAAGGCACUCUGGGACAUGGUCGAGGGAGUAGAGUAGGGACACUCGCCAAGGGCUCACCAGCUGCGUCCCCUCACAGCCAGAGGAGUAUGACGCCCUCCAGUGAACACGCAGCCACACCCACACCGCCCUGUAGCCCACAGCACAUCCUCAACUGGCAGAGCGGAGGCACAGCAGACAGCUCUCCUACUGAGGACGUCUGUCAGUCUCCCCCUCAGCCCAGCUCUGAUGCAUAGAGGUCUUUCAGUGACAGCUGUUUCCUCAGCAGCCCCCUGUGUUCAGAGCUGGCAGAUGUGCAGUGGUACGGACACGAUAAGGCCAAACCUGGAACCCUGGUCUGAGACCUUCCUAAAGGGCCCAGAAAAGUUCCAUUGCCCUCUCCUACUGCCUCUCCACUGUCCCCCACUACUACCCAUCGACAACCAACAACCUCAUCCUUAAGGCCCUACGAAAACCCUGCCCUGACCGGACUGGCGGACUGGACAUGAGCCUCCCUCCUCCCUAGAUUCUGCCCUCCAUCCAUCUCACCACCUCUCUUAUUAUGCCCCUCUAUCACAGCUCAGCUGGACAGGGACACACUCGCUGGGCUCUGAUAAGGGCAGAUUUCACAGGACAGACUGAGAAGCACCACCUCAGCUGUUGAACUGUUGCCCUGCAGCACCACAGAGCCCGUUCUUUACUCACCCUCAGCACACAAGCAAUGGGGCAAGGAGGAAAAAAAGGAGCGAUGGGAAGAGAGCACAGAAAAAUAUCAAACAUACAACUCAAACUCAACAGAAGCAACAUCGGCCAUGACAGGAUCGGUUUCAUAUCUCAUCUUUGGUCCCCUGACCUAACUGACUUCAGUGCACUGCCACCCAAUCAGAGGAUACCUGCUGGAUUUGAGCCACCAGUUUAAAACUCAUUAUCAGGCCCAAAUGAACUGUGUUGGAUUCCAUUACUCCCAUUAAUGUUGUUUGUCUUUUUUGUUUAUUUGUCCCAGCAUAUUUAUAAGAAGAGAAGAUGACACAGACUUUAAAAAAAAAAUCUGGAUUAACAAACAUUUAGAUGACAAAUUCAACUCCUGCUCAGUUUAACCCACAACCAAAGACAACUUACUGGAUUGACUGGUCACACCAGGGUCCCUGGGCUGGUGCCCGUGCAGAAAAGUGACUGUCAGAUAACUGUAUGAGAGUGAAUUCACAGUGACAAUAUCAGGAUGGUUCACGGGACUCUACGAUGAGGACUAUAGCAAUAACAAAACAUUGGACAAGCAUACGAACUGGUGUGAAUCUACAGAGUGAAUUGAAGCGGGCAUUUUGCCGUGUUCUCUGCCUUGUGAUGCUUGGAGUAAAAGAUCAUUAGUGCAUCAUAGGGAGAAUUUGGAGUUGUGGUUAUUGGGUUUGGCAUUAAUCUAUGCUUAUUUCAGUGACUUCAUGUUUAUUUAACGUCUUUGGUCUUUUUAGGAAGUCUCUGUCCACAUGUUUGGCCACAUUGUGAUCAGUGCUUAGCCAGAGUGUGGGGGUGGGGUCGGGUGAGGGUCAUUCGGGGGUGUUAACAUGGCCACAUCAAGUCAAGGCAUUUGACUUUGGCGGUAAUUUUGAUACAGAAACAAGACGAUUGGUUUCCAUCUUUUCACAUUUUUCAUUCUCACCCCUGAAAGUUUUCUGACUGUUGACAUCUGUUGGCGUUACUUGUGUUUAAUAUUGAGACUAAUCAGUGGUAAAUCUCAUCUUUUUUUAUCACAAGUGUCUCUACUUCAAUGUUGGUCUUUGGCUGUGUACCGGUUCUUGCCAUGCUGAGUAUCUGUAAGUCCCCCUUUUGUAGCACUGUGCUUUCUCAUCUUUCUGUCCAUCUCUUCAGCAUCACAGGAGCGCCCCGACUGAACACACACAGUGUGAACUCUGAGUACAAGUUCAUCAGUGCCAAACAUGUUGGUGCUUUACAUUUGUACUGUAAUUCAGCCACUCCUUUAAGAUAGAAACAGUAACUCCCCACAGAUUAUAGCCAUUCUGUAACUUUUCUCUUUAUUCAAAUGUACUUUGAAAAGCACAACAUUAACAGUGUCUAUGAGGACUGGACCUACAAUUAGUGUGUUCCCAUUUUCAACUCUCAAUAUUUUAAUAAUGAGUUGUAUCAAAGUGCGUAUUGGGAAAGUAGAGAAGCUAGAACCACUGAUAAUGUGUCGCGCGACAGUGCUCUUUUUAUUAAGUACACGGACAUCGAAUUUCAGGUCGACAAUAAUCAAUACCCCGCUGUCAGGGCCAGAAGAGAAGCCAUAGCCAGAAGUGACACAAACAAUUAUUUUCUCAAACAUGCCAAUCAAUCCGAUAUUCAGAACAGGGUUAGAAAAGCACAUCUGGUUUUGUAAGAAGGAAGUAGAACUCUGCAUGUUUUAGCUGUAUCGAAAUCAUCUUCCCCUAACCAGAGUUUAUGUUUAAACUUCAUUGUUGCACAAAUCUGAAUUAAUCAAAUGUUGAUUUUACUAAGAUUAUGACGCCUCGGUGAUAGAGAGACAUUUUACAGACUUGGAGCACCAUUACGUCUGGAUAAUUGGUGUAACGUGGAGGAGGAAUGGUGCGCAUCUCACCCUGUCCCUCAUAGUGUUGUGUCUCCUUUAUGCACUGACACCAGUUGUUGUAAUUUGCCACUUACUACUAUUUAAAUAAGAAGGCUUUAGCCCACUCCCUGCAUGGUUGGUUCUCCAAGAGUUACCCACCUCCAUGCCUGGUCACAUUUGAUCAGUCUUUACCCAGGAUUGGAACCAGGUUAAUGGUUACCAUCUCAUAGGUCUCUAGUAUAUUCAAGUCACCUAUUAGAGUGCAAGUUUGACCCUGCUUUGCUCACUCGAAGUCUUCGCCCACUGUUUGCGUGCUAAAGACACAAUCCCGUGCAUGCCCUGCAGAUCCACUGACAAAAAAGACCCCCAAAGACAUUCAGCAUCUGACUUCUAUAUGCUAACAUUAGCACGUUUUGCUCCAUAGUGUUUCCUCGCCCCCCUCAGAAAGUCCUAUCUUCUUAACCUUGUGGUAAUCUCUGACCUCUGAGCCCGAUGUGAAGAAGUGUGACGUCCCCCCUCCCUCUGUAGCUCCAAACACACCAUAUUUUCUGUGCUCCAUAGAAACGUAUGAGGUUUUUGUAAUACUCCAAGAGAAACGAACUAACUCUUUUAUCAGUCUUUUUCCUGUAUGUACGGAGGGGCACUGUAAGGUUUUGUGGGGUUUUUAACAUUCACAUUCAUUGUUUUAACAAUGUUCCAUUUUAUAUGAACCAGUAUUGUUUUUGGGUUUUUUUUUUAGUUCUGACAUUGUAACAACCCUUUCAGGUGCUACAAAAUGACCAGUUACUGCUUUGUCACGUAGGAUCUAGACAUCUUCAUUGUUAUCAAUAGAUUCAAUUACCAGAUGUGCAAAAUGAAGCUUAUUUUAACAGACAGUUUAAUAGUAGAACACUUUCCCUACCAGACAAUAGAGCAUGUAACUUGAUUUUAUCAGUUCUGUUCAACUGUAACAAUACAUUAAAGGUGUUGUAGGAAAAAAAA